CCUCCCCUUUAACCCUAAUUUCAAUGCACGUCUCAAUAUAUAAACUUAUCUCUCUCCCUCCCCAUUUCUCAAAACCCAAGAAAAAAACUCCAUAGCAUUUCAAGAAUCUUAUCACAAACCCAUCAAGAAGAAGAAAUAUAAGCUAAAGAAGAGAUUCUAAGUUUGAAAUAAGAAGUAACAAGCGUCCGAGGGAGAGUAUGGCGUAUGAAGAAGUCAUCAAUGAGCUUAACCUUAAGGACACAGAGCUUCGUUUGGGAUUGCCCGGAACAGAUGAACAAGCAGAGGUUUCUUGCGUCAAAAGCAACAAACGUCAUUUUCAUCAAAGCAACGACGAGCACAAUCUAAAAGAAGAAUCUCCACCUCCUCCUGCCAAAACACAAAUAGUUGGCUGGCCACCAGUGAGAUCGAACCGGAAGAACAACAACAAAAGUGUGAGUUAUGUGAAAGUGAGUAUGGACGGAGCUCCAUAUCUGCGUAAGGUAGAUCUCAAGAUGUACAAAAACUAUCAUGAGUUUCUAAAUGCACUAGAGAACAUGUUCAAGUUCACAAUUGGUGAAUAUUCUGAGAGAGAAGGAUACAAAGGAUCUGGAUUUGUACCAACUUAUGAAGACAAAGAUGGAGAUUGGAUGUUGGUGGGUGAUGUUCCAUGGGACAUGUUCUCUUUAUCUUGCCUAAAACUCAGAAUCAUGAAACCAUCCGAAGCUCUUGCCUUUUGAUCCUAUGUUGUCAAGAAAACCAUUUUUGUUUUUGGUAAAAAUUUCUCUCAGAGUCUCCUACUUUAUUUAGAAAUCUUUUAAGAAAAAGAGAAAUUGUGUACAAUAGGAAUAAGACUGAUCGACAUAGUUUCAAAUAGUUGUAACAGUAGAUUUUAAUUAUGUUAUACCAGUUUUGAUUAUACAAGUUAUGAUAAUCUAAUGCGAUUGCACCA